AGUGUGGCUGACAGCUAAAAUAAGCCACACUGUUGUUGGGAACAAUCGUUUCUUCGCCUAUUUUGAUCACAUAAGAUGUCUUCACUUCUCAAGGUGGACAAUGAAAUUAAAACCAAGGUUGACGCUUUCAGGGAACGAAUCACUUCAGAAGCAGAAGAGUUAGUUGCAAGUUUUUUCCCAAAGAAGUUGCUGGAGCUUGACCACUUCUUAAAGGAUCCAAUCAUAAACAUCGCUGACCUGAAGGAGAUACACUCGGAGAUAAACCUGACGGUGCCGGACCCCAUUUUGCUCUCAAACCUGCAAGACGGACUAGAAGCGCAAAAUGCCAAAAAGAGAAAGCUGGAGGAUGGAGGUGGGGAGGACAUGGUGACGGGCACCAAGGUCUUCGUCAUGCCUGGUGGGAUGCUGAAGAGCAACGGAAGCCUCGUUGAGCUUAUUGAGAAGGUCAAACCAGAGAUCAGGACGCUCAUAGAGAAAUGUAACACAGUGAAGAUGUGGGUGCAGCUGCUUAUCCCCCGGAUAGAAGACGGAAACAACUUUGGAGUGUCAAUCCAAGAGGAGACGGUAGCUGAACUCAGAACAGUUGAAGGAGAGGCAGCGUCUUACCUCGACCAGACAUCAAGAUACUACAUCACAAGGGCAAAGCUGGUUUCUAAAAUAGCUAAAUAUCCACAUGUGGAGGACUAUCGGCGCACAGUAACCGAGAUUGAUGAGAAGGAAUACAUCAGUCUGAAGAUCAUAGUUUCUGAGCUCAGAAAUCAAUACGUAACGCUACACGACAUGAUCCUGAAGAACAUUGAGAAGAUCAAGAGGCCUCGAAGCAGUAACACAGACGCGUUGUACUGAUGUUCAUCCAGCUGUCUCAGCCUCCCCCCCUAGUUGUAGUCCCUGUUCCUCUGGACUACAACUAGACCUCCACCUACUUCAGUACAAUCAACACAACCCGGUACAAAAACAUAGACAGACACAACGCACAUGUUUCUGUUUUAAGUGUAAAAUAUUUUUCUUGUUUUAAAAACCCUUUGAAGGAAAAUGGUGAGAUGCGCUUUGUAUCUUUUAAUUUGAAUUGAACAUUUUGUCCUGAGAUCUUUGUGAAAUAGUUUCAUUUAUAUCUUUAAGAAGAAUUCAGAGCCGAGUGGUUUGUUUCAUUUCACUGAAUGUUUUCUGUUUAUUUAAGUCUUAUAUUGGACGUCUUCAUCUGGAGGAAGGGCGUUUAGUGGAUUUAGUUUGUUCUCCGAAUGUUAUACAUUACACAAUGUAGUCAUUACAUAUGAAUACUAAGCAGGUUUCAGAUCCACAGGCUUAUUCGUUUUCAGUGAAAAUUCAUAAGUCAAGCAUCUCUCGUGUUGAGGCAUUCGUUCUAUUCAAUAAAACGUUUUUUGAUAAAAGAAAA